AUGCCACCCGCGACAGACGAUGACACGCUCUCUAUUAUACCGUUAGGUGCAGGAUCCGAGGUGGGACGAUCUUGUAUAGUGCUGAAGUUUAAAAAGAAAACGAUUCUCUUUGACUGUGGCGUGCAUCCCGCGUACUCCGGACUUGCUGCUCUGCCGUUUUUCGACGAGAUCGAUCCCAGUGAGAUUGAUGUGAUCCUAAUAACCCACUUUCAUCUGGAUCACUGUGCUGGUCUGCCGUACCUCGUCACGCAAACGAAUCUAAACCCGCGUGCGAGGAUUCUUAUGACGCAUCCGACGAAAGCAGUGUAUCGCUCUCUGAUAGGUGAUUUUGUUCGCGUGGGCUCGUCGGACUACGCUGGUAUAAUUUACACAGAGUCCGACCUCAACCAGACAAUGGCACGUAUCGAAUGCAUCGAUUAUCAUCAGCAUAUCGAUGUCUCUGGUGUGCGCAUAAGCGCGUACAACGCCGGGCACGUGCUCGGCGCCGCGAUGUUCCUCGUGGAGGUCGCCGGUGUUUCAGUUCUGUACACAGGAGACUUCUCACGACAGGAGGACCGCCACUUGAUGGAAGCAGAGAUACCGCGAGGCAUUCACAUCGAUGUGUUGAUUUGUGAGUCGACAUACGGCGUGCAGGUUCACGAACCGCGACGAGUCCGGGAGGCACGCUUCACGCAACGGGUUGCAGAAGUUGUGAAGCGCGGAGGUCGAUGCCUCUUACCCGUAUUUGCGCUCGGUCGGGCUCAAGAGCUGUUGCUCAUCCUGGAGGAAUACUGGGACGCCCAUCCGGAAUUGCAAGAGAUUCCGAUUUAUUAUUCGUCAUCAAUCGCGAAGCGUUGUAUGGCCAUCUACUCCACGUAUAUCCAUCAGAUGAACCAGAAUAUUCAGCAACGCUACCGGAGAUUCGGUAAUCCUUUUGCCUUCAAGUAUGUGAUGAACAUUAGAUCGCUGGAUGAAUUCGAGGAUUCCGGGCCCUGUGUAUUCAUGGCAUCACCCGGGAUGUUGCAGUCCGGCAUGAGUCGUCGCCUCUUCGAGAAGUGGUGUAGCGACAGACGGAAUGGCGUCAUUCUGCCCGGAUACUCUGUGCAGGGCACCCUUGCAAAGUACAUUCUGACGGAUCCGGCGACAGUACCCCGGCUUGAUGGACAACAUGUUCCAUUGCGAUGCUCUGUGGACUAUAUAACCUUCUCUGCUCAUUCGGAUUUCAUGCAGACGAGCGAGUUCAUCGAGCAGUGCCGGCCAUCGAAUCUGGUCCUCGUUCACGGGGAGAAAUCUGAAAUGCAGCGGUUGGCACAAGCGCUAGAUAGCCGGUUCAAUCGCAAAGCAACCUUUGAGGCCGCCAUUGCGGAGGCCUCUGCUGUCCAGGUGGGGUCGAAUGAGAAAGACGUAUACGAGCCAGAUGUUGAUGUACUUCCGAGCAACCUGGCGCCGCUUUCGGGGGUCACGACUGGUAGUGUCCGCGACACAAUGCGUGUCAAAGAUGCGAACCAAGACGAUUCAAAGCGUCUUCGGAUUUUUACACCUCGAAAUACGAAAGCCGUUCUAUUACGAUUCCAGGGUGAGGUCAUUGGAAAGGCAAUCGGCAAAUUUGCGAAGAGCCGCCCAGAAGCUGGACACCGCGCAUCGGGCGUUUUAUUGAAACGGGACUAUAAGUACUCUCUGCUGGAACCUUCGGAUUUGGAGCAAUACACAGCGAUGAAAACAUCACGGAUUCUGCAAAGACUCGUGGCACCGUUUUGUCUCGGAGGAGGUAUCGAGAGCUUUGAAGAGGAACUGCGGGGUAUGUUUUCCAAGGUCGUGACCGAAGACACCGAGUGCGGCUCUGAAGAACGAGUCUUUCUUGUCCAGGGUGCCGUCCAUGUUCGUAUAUCUGGGACAGAGCCAAAAACUGGGUAUCGGUUCCUCACAUUCGAGUGGGAUUCGUCAUUCCAGGCUGACGCCAUUGUGGACGCCUUGAUCGCCUUCCUAGCUGAUCGUUCUGUUCAUGAGCCUCCAAAGGGUUAUCCAGAUCAGGAUGCAUUGCGUGAGCUUCGUCUUACGCGGCGGCUGCUUGCCGAACGAUUCGGUUCCGUAGAAGUAACGGGAAGGAGCGAGACGCGAUUGGUCAUCGAAAACACGCCAGUGAUCGUGAACCACGAGACCGGUGAAGUCACUUGCAAGGACACGAAACUACGGGACCACAUUUAUAUCGUUCUUCGGCGCAUCUAUUCGUCUAUCUAUCCGAUUCCAGACUGGUUUUGUGGGUGCUCUUGA